GAAGAAGGCGGGGCUUCGCUCAGAGCGCGGGAAAGACGGCCGGGUAGAACGUUGGGGAGCGCGAGCGUUCCUAUUGGGCGAGAGGAGUCCGGAUAGAACGUUGGGGAGCGCGAGCGUUCCACUGUGGGGAGGCUGAGCGUUCCUAUUGGGCGAGAGGAGUCCGGAUAGAACGUUGGGGAGCGCGAGCGUUCCACUGUGGGGAGGCUGAGCGUUCCUAUUGGGCGAGAGGAGUCCGGAUAGAACGUUGGGGAGCGCGAGCGUUCCACUGUGGGGAGGCUGAGCGUUCCUAUUGGGCGAGAGGAGUCCGGAUAGAACGUUGGGGUCGCGAGCGUUCCAUCCGGAAGAAAGCAAACAAGCAAACCAGAGGGUCUCCGUCCACGUGGCCGGGAUGGCGCAGCUCCGAGUCACCGAUUUCUUCCCGCAAAACAAGGCCGGGAGUUCCUCCGCCUCCUCCAGGCUCCGCCGCAAGGGAAGCCAGCCCGAGCAGGAGCCCUGGACCCCGGCGGGCGGCAGGAAGCGGGCCAGGACCGAGUCCAUGGGCAGGGGCUCGGCCAGGAAGAGGCUCCUUAUGGCGCCCCCGGAAGGGGAACAAGCGGCGGCCCCUGGACCCUGCAUUGCUCCGCCUCUUGGGCCCCACAGCCCUUCGGGUCUGGACAAGAAGGCGAAAGAUUUGACCAAUGUAAUUCUUUCGCCAGGCCUGAAGCCAGAGACGGAAGCAGAGGGUAGGACACCAGCAGAAAAGCAGGAGACGUCCAAGGAGAAGCUGACGGAGCUGAGAAGCCGCCUGGACAAAAUCCGAGCCUUGACCCAGAAAGCCCGAUCGCCAAAGGGAUCCUCAGAGACAGGCGUCGACCUCAAGAGCCGCCUGAAACGGGUCCGGCUGCUGGAAUCCAAGAUCCGGGAGAGGAAGGGCUCCAAACUGGGGAAAGAAGAUUUGGGCAAGAAAGAUCUGGAACCCAGCGGAGAGAGCAGUGAGAAUGUGCCGGCCUACCAGCGCUUCCAUGCUCUCGCCGAGGACGUGCCCCCGGGCCUUGCGCUGCCCUACAAGUACAGAGUCCUGGCCGAGAUGUUCCGCAGUGCGGACACCAUCGUGGGCAUGCUCUUCAACCGGUCGGAGACGGCCACCUUCGCCAAGGUCAAGCAAGGCGUCCAGGACAUGAUGCGCAAGCAGUUCGAGGAGCGCAACGUGGGUCAGAUCAAAACGGUGUUCCCAGAGUCGUACAUUUUACGCCAAGAGAAGAACGUCCCCACUUUUCGCAGCGGAGGCCCCAAGCAAAGCGACUACCAGCUGACGUUCGAACCAGUCCUGGAAGCUGGUGAGAAACUGUCGGCUUCACGGCUGAUGGAGCGCCGGAAGGUAUUCAGCAGGAACCUGGUCAACAUUGUCAAGAGUCACCACAAGGCCUUCCUGGCCUCACUCAGCCCUCCCAUGGCGGUGCUGGAGGACAAACUGACCCGAUGGCACCCUAGGUUCAACGUGGACGAGGUGCCAGACAUCGCUCCCGCCGAGGUGCCGCAGCCUCCGCAAGUAGACAAGAUCACCAGUGCGCAGGAAGUGCUUGCAAAGGCAAGGAGCAUGUUGACGCCAAAGAUGGAGAAGGCUUUGGCCAACCUGGCCUUGCGGACGGCGGAGGGCAGCUGCCCUUUGGCCCCGGAGUCACCCCGCCCGACCCCUUCGGCCCCCCCAAACACCCCGAGCAGCAGCCUCCGGGGGGUCUCCCAGUCCUUGCUGGAGAGGAUCAGAGCCAAGGAGGCGCAGAAGCUGCAGGCGCAGAUGACGCGGGACCCGCAGCAAGAGCUCCGCCUGGGGAUGAUGGGCCGCCUGCCGGAGAUGGCCCGGGUCCUGCGCAACGUCUUUGUGGCCGAGAAGAAGCCGGCGCUCACCCUGGAAGCAGCCUGCCAGCGCAUGUUGGCCAGCUACCGCUCGCUCAUGACCCCCGGAGAGAUGGAGGGCCACCUGCGCCUCCUUUCGGAGCUGCUUCCGUCCUGGGUGAGUGUCCUUUCCGUUCGGAAAGACACCUACAUCAAACUGGACAAAAGCGUCGACCUCAAUAUCAUCACCGAGAGACUGGCCAAAAGGAUGAAGGAAGAAGAACGGCUUUGAGUGCAGUUGUGAUAGCAACGAAUACAGACUUUUUUUGGUGCCAUGAUUGUGACUACAUUGAUCCUCCUGGCUGAGUUUUUACUUAAGACAUUUGCAGAUUUUUUUUAGCAUUGAUGGAGCAAUAAAGACAAAAAAGGAUAGUUUUUACUAUUUUCUAGCUGCUUUUCCCCCCUUUUCAGCUGGAAAGUUGGUUUUCGAUCCAUGCCAAACUCCUUACCCUCCUGUGGCUGUUAAAACUUUGAAUUAAUUUCAGAAUUAUGUUUUUCUUUUAAUGGGAGUGAAAUGAGGAAUGAAGCAAGAGUACAAAGAUGGGAAAAUAUGAUGCAAGAGUUUCCAUUUCCAGAUGCAAUGGGCGAGGGAAGGGAGUUGGUAUUAAUUCCUUUUGCAUUUUUUAAAAUACUUUGCAAGGAUCUGUUUUGAAAUGUUGAAUGUAUUAUUAUGAACCUUGAUAAUUAAAAUAUUUUCCUGACUUGUCAA